UUGAGGUAUGGCGAGUUGAGAGGGUUUUUUUAAACUCUUGUUAUGUUGUUAUUUACCGCAUUAUUUAAGAAAGCUAAGUUUUUAAUUGUCAUUUGAAACUACUCUAUGUAUCGGAUGAUUUCCUUUAUCUGUAAUAUCUUGAAAUGUUUGUAAGUCGUUCCGUUUAAUACAGCGCAGAAAUUAUUUCACUGUUAAAGCUAUGUCUAAAAGAAGCAUAUCGUACACAAAACCGCCGGAACCAUCCUUCAUAAAAAAGAUGAAAGAUGCAAUCGGUUAUCAAGAGCCUGAUACAGUUGAAACGAAGAGAGAAAUCCGGCCUUUUCAAGAUGAUGAUCAAGAAGAAAGAGAUGAUGAAAAACCAGUGAUUGUAGUUUUAAAUGAAGGUGAUUUAACGGAAGAACAAGCAAAAAAAAUCACUGACAAAGCUGAUCUAAAUAAGAAAAUAACUUUUGCAAAGCCUGUUAAGAAAGACAAUGAAGAAAAAAAUUCAUUAGAUUUUUCUUCGAAGAAAAAAGAUGAUCUGCAGAAAAAAAUAAAUAUUCAAAAAGGAAAAUCUGAAAGUUUGAAGAAUACAAGUCUUCUAUCAUUUGGUGAUGAGGAUGAAGAUGAAGAAGACUAUUAAUAUGUAUAAAUAUGAAUAAUUUUUUAAAUUGAACUUGAAUUAUAAUAUUACAAAACUCUUUUAGGUGAAUGAAAAAUAAUUUAAGACAUUAAAAACAAUUAUUACAUAUAUUUAUAAUUACAUUUUAUUUAUGCAUAUUAUAACUAUUACAUAUUAUUUAUUUUAAAAUCCCUCUUUCCUCAUUUAACAGUAAUUUAAGAAAUUCGUAUUUUGUCAGGUCUUUUUUAAACAACCAGAUUAAAGUUUUUUAUCCAGUUCCAUUUUUAAUCAUCACUUACGUGGUUGUGCCAUUCUUUAAUAACAUUUCUUCUCUGUUUACAUAUUUUUGGAAAUACAAUAGACUCUUGACUGCCCAGCCUUAUUAAAAUAAUGAUAAGAAUUCUUCUUUAUAAGAUAAGAAAUACUUUUUUUUUUUGGUAAGACAUGAGACAUCUUUAAAAACUAUUAGUCUGGGUUCUUUCAUGUUAGGUUACCUUCUCACAUUGGCAUUACUAUUUAUCAAUAAACAACAAAAGAAAUUGAAAUGAUUUUUAAAAGAAUUAAGUGUGCAUGUAUGUGCAUAUAUUUUACAGUGUGCAUGUAUUCAUGCAUUUUGUAUUACCUGCAAUUCAUUUAGAUAUAAAAUUUAUCUUGUAUAAUUCUUUUUGGUCAUGGAUUCCUUUUUUCAGAAUUAAUUAAAAAAAAUAUUGUACAGAGCAGUAACCAAUGCUCCUAAAAUUACUGGUUUGUAUAAAAAAGUCAAAUAUAUCAAUUAGAAUGAAAUUGGUUUACAAAAGGAUGUUUUUGAUUAUAUGGAUGGACCUAAUGAUAUUCAGAUUUAUAGAAUUUCGUCCUAUAUAGCAUUUUAGUUUUCUAACGUACCAUUCGUCCAUAUUAAGCUGGAUAAUUUGUUGUAAUACCUUUUAUUUCAAACUAUUUUCUGAGAUUUAGCUACUUUAUUAUUUUUAAGAGUUUUCUUAUAUCUAUUUGUUUUUGCAUGCAUUCAUAUUAAAAAAAUAAUUUAUUUGUAUCUUGUUGUAAGUUUGUAUAUAAUGUUUUUUUUUUUUUUAAAUAAAGAGACACAUGAGA